GUCUCACGCAAAAUCAAAAUUGAAAAGACAUGCUCACAAGUUCUGUUGUUCUCCACAAAUUGUUACGAUGCAAUCACGCCUAAACUCCCUCUAAAACAAACCCACCGAUCCUCCAUAUUUAGCAUCCAACGAUACUUUUAAACUCCCAAAACGAAAACCCGAAUCGAAAUCCGGCUCCGGUUACAACUUCAAUAUAUAACCACCAACCCCGAUUUCCCCUCUCUCCCAAAACCAAUUUUCUGCGUUCUUAAUCUCUAGCAUUGCUCUUUCUUCUUUCUCCGAUCUCCUUUCAACUUCGGGGGUUUUUUUUUUUUGGGGUUAUAUCGAUCUUUGAAACGAAGAGCCAGCAAUCUAAUGGGAUUUGGGUCGAUUUUCAAUCGGAAAAAGAAGCGACAUUCUCUUUCGAACGCCUCGAAUUUAACAGGUUCUCCAGCCGUCGGGGCCAAUGGAUCAUCGUUCCUUCAAUCUCCAAUGCGAACCCCGACGAGAAAUUUAACCCAAACCCAACUCCAAGAGCUCGAAGAAGUCUUCAAGAAGUUCGAUGUCAAUGGCGACGGCAAGAUCUCGUCAUCCGAACUCGGUUCCAUCAUGGGUUCCCUCGGCCACAAGCCCUCCGAAGACGAACUCCAAAAGAUGAUCAAAGAAUUCGAUGCUGACGGUGAUGGGUCCAUAAAUUUCAAAGAAUUCGUCGAGCUGAACACCAAAGGAGUCGACUCGGACGAGGUUUUGGAGAACCUCAAGGACGCUUUCUCGGUCUAUGACAUAGACGGGAACGGCUCGAUUUCGGCCGAGGAACUUCACGAGGUUCUGAAAAGCCUUGGAGAUGAAUGUUCGAUUGCAGAAUGUAGGAAGAUGAUAAGUGGAGUGGAUAGCGAUGGAGAUGGGAUGAUUGAUUUUGAAGAAUUUAAGGUUAUGAUGAUGGCUGGGGCCAGGUAUGAUUCCAUUGAAUCUUAGAGAGAUGUUACUGUCAAAAUCGAACGAUGAUCUUUUAGGGGCUUUUAUUUCUGUUUUUGUUUUUCUUCUCUCUGGUUUUCUGGAUCUAAGGUGGCUGCUUGAUUGGUUAGGAUCAACUUUUUUUUUUCCUUUUUAAUUUCUUAUUGGUUGUUAUGGAAAUUGUGUAUAUUCUUGGAUUAUUUUGGAUUUUACUUUCUAUGGAAUUGAAUGGUUAUUUCAGCAGUA